CCCAGAUAGACUAAAAGUCUUGGAUAUUUCAAGAAAGAACAAGUUUCAAGACAAUCAAAUUAAUCUAUUACGUGUUACGUGAUUACUGUUGGCGGUCUCUUACCCGAUCUGGCUAGCGAGUGAGUCAGCGGGCUAUAUACCUCUCUCUCUCUAUCCACAAUAAUCAAUCCAUCCAUUGCCGCGACACACCCCUCUUUCCUACUUUCGUAUAGCUUCAUUUUCUGCCCAUGGGAUCCAAUGAUACCAUGCCAAGAUGGGGCCGUCGGUCCGGUGAGACGCUUCGGUGGGACGCCUCAGUCACCCAAGUCCAUCAUCCGGACUAGCACGCAACGAUAUAAAUCCACAUGUUGCCCAGGAAAAUGGGGCUACUCUAGUAUGUCACCAAGUAUCCGCAUACCCGACUCCCUCAAUUACCGAAUUGCCAGGGUGCGGCACAUCUCAAGAUGAAUCGCAUCAUUCUUGUCACAGGAGCCAAUCGAGGCAUUGGAAAAGGCUUCGUAGCACAAUAUCUUGCCCAGCCAGAUACCACCGUCAUUGGAACCGUCCGGGACACCUCAUCUGAGAAAGUGCAAGACCUCACCACGCUGCCCAAGGGCCCUGGCUCGGAUCUGAUUGUCGUGGCGCUUAACGUCGACAACCCGUCCAGCGUUACGGAGGCCGCGUCCGUUCUCCAGACGCAGCAUCACAUCGAGCACAUCGACGUUGUGAUUGCCAAUGCGGGAAUCUGCAACCACUGGGGCCCCGUGCAGGAAAUGACGGACUCGGACGUGCUUUCUCACUUUGAAGUAAAUGCACUGGGUCCGCUCAGAAUGUUCAAAGCCAUGGCGUCGUUGUUGCAAAAAGCCAGUGCUCCCAAAUUUGUCUAUAUCUCGACGCUCCUGGCGAGUCUCCAGGCCAUUGAGCAGGUCCCUUCGUUGACUACCGCUUAUGGGAUGUCGAAGGUGGCUGGGAAUUUCCUGGUCAAGAAGAUUGAGGCUGAGAAUAAGCACUUGAUCACUUUGUCGAUCGAUCCGGGCCUUGUUCAAACUGAGAUGGGUAGUCGCAAUGCGCAGUUGGUUGGGCUUGAGAAUGCCCCGGUGACGGUUGAGGAUACCGUUCGCGGAAUUACAACGCAGAUCGAUGCAGCAACGAAGUCAACUACCUCUGGCCAGUUUGUUAACUACAGUGGGGAGAGGGUGCCCUGGUAG